AUGGCAGCUCCCGUCGCUCUAUCAAUCGCGGAACAAAUAAAACAGUUGGAUGAUGCGCGAAGACUCGUCUUGAGUGAUGCCAACUACUACCCUCAGAUCAUCCAAGGGAUCCUCCCAAUCAUAAAUCGCGAAGCCAGGAUAGAACUGAAAAGAUGGGUUGCGGAUUUCCUUGCAGAGACUUUUGCGAGUCCUACGGUGCCAUCGCAACAGAAGGAGACCUUGAGUCUGAUUGUUUUGGAGACUUUGAAGUCUAUGCUUGAGAACCCACACGAGGAUAGUGCUGUCGUGAAGAGCGUUGUGCAGACUGCUGCGAGCAUAUACCCUUAUGUGUUCAGAUGGAUUGUCAACAACCCUUAUGACGGACCAACCUGGGAACGAAUGACUGCGAUCAAAUCGAGAAUACUGCGCAUAUGGGACUCUGCUCCUACAGGUGUGCGAAUAUGCUGCAUCAAAUUCGCCCAGCGAGUAGUAUUAGUCCAAACGGCAGGCCCUGAUGCCGAUCAAAGGCGAGGUAAUCCGGUAGAAAUCUCUCUGUCAAUGGUGCCUCACAAUCAUCCUCUCAUCCCACCUCGAAAUCUUGAAGCCGAAGCAUCAGGUCUGCUUGACAGAAUGCUGGGAGUAUUCCAAGAGAAUGUCAGCGACGCGGUUUUGGUUAAUGCUACUUUGAAUUCUCUUUCCAUUCUAAUUCGAGCACGCCCCCGUAUUUCGAAUAAGAUCCUGAAUGUCAUCCUAAACUUCAACCCCCUUAAGCAAGCCAAUUCCCCUAUGACACCGAAGCUUCGUGUUAUGGUUAAAUCUAUGGAAAAGACCACAAGGUCAUUGCUCAUUCACAUUAACAAGCGUGAUCCCCAAAACCCCCUCGCCGGACGGAUCCAGCAAUAUGUCGAGCGAAUGAUGAAGUCAAGAAUGGAAAUUUUCGAUGAACCAAGUAGGAAGCGAGGACCCCCUGAACCUACCGAUGGAUUGGAUCCUACAAAGAGACAGAAACUUGGUGCACAGGUCACAAAUUCCGCUGCUAGUCGAUUAUAUGUUCCUCCUUUGACUCCAGGGCCUCACACUAUUGCGGAACUGUUUACGAUAACUACGGAUGAAGCACUGAAAACUUUCGAUGUUGCUCAAUUAUCAGAAGACCUAGUCCUCAAGAUUGGCAUCCCAAUCCUACAAAGAAUAGAUUCGGAUACACUUAACCAGGCGAUUGAAGGCAUACGAAAUCGAUAUCAAUCUCUGAACGCAGCUCAACCGGAAGAACUGAAUCCCGAAACUGCUCCCUUAGGUGUUGAGGAGGAUGACGACGAUUACGAACCAGACUUUUACAGCGCGGAAGACACAGAGCAAAUUCUAAACAAGCUUGACACUGCUCCACCAGAAGAGCCAGAGGUCAGAGCACCCGAUAUGGCUCUUGGAACGUUUACAUUGUCGCCUCCACCACCAUUAACUCCAGAUCAGGCAGCCCAGAUUGGUCAAGGAACAGUCUCUCGUGUUUUUGGAGUGAUGCAGACCCUAGAAGAACCAGGAAAGAAGACAAAAGCAGGCAUGAACAGACUAGCGGCUAGUGCAUACGACCGAGAUGCUUGGAUCACCAUUAUUACUCGACUUGCAACUCGCGCAGCGGCUGGAUUAGAAGAGCCAUCCGAUGCCAUCAAAGCGGAACCCGAAACAUCUUCUCCGUUGUCCCUCUUCAAUAAUAUCCGCGAGUCCUUAUACAUGUACGUGGUAGAAGAUUUCCGCAAACGAAUCGACAUUGCGGUUGCUUGGCUGUGUGAAGAAUGGUAUAAUGAUAGGAUCCAAAUGAAGCUAGGGGGAGAGGCUGUUCUCCAUUACGAAAAAUGGGUCCUCAAAGUCCUGGAUGGAAUUGUACCGUAUCUAGAUGCGAGGGACAAAGUGCUUACCAGAUUUUUGAGCGAGAUUCCCGGGCUUAGUUCAGCAGUUCUGGACAGGGUCAAGGGGUUGUGUCGAGAUCCUGCGAUGGUCAACUUGGCAUUAACCAGUUUGCUGUAUUUGGUUAUGAUGAGACCGCCAGUAAGGGAAAUGGCGUUGGACGCCGUGGAGGACGUAUGGGCUACUUAUGAUGAUGCAAAACCAAUAGCGGCCAAAUACCUCUCAAAAUGGCGACCAGGCUUUGCAGACCGGUUAAAGGCUCCCGAAGACGACACAAAGGAUACGAAUGAUGUUACUGCCGCAGCAUGA